AUGGUGGACACCUCAAGCAACACAGGCGUGAACAAGGCCCAACUGGUGUCGACGCACGAUGGCCGUGUCAUAGUACCUGCAUACGACUGGUCUACUUUUCUUGGGCAAUAUUUCAAAAAAAUCCCGAACAUAAAAAAAUUCCACCACUUUAGAUUUUCUAAGGAUGAACCAGGUGUGGUUUACUGCCGAGAAUAUUUGUCAUCUCCGGAACAAGCGUGUGUGCUACUGAAGGAUGGUGCUGUCAUCCCACCAGGUUCAGUUCUUCCGCAGAAGAUCAACCCAGAAGGAUUAAGUGACGAACGCAGGAACUACUUAUAUCGCGAAAUAAGACAGUUUUGUAAGCCUGGAACGGAAGAUUUAGUUGCACCAGUGCCAUGA